AUAUAAGGACAUGAGCUGUCUCUGGCCCGCAUCAACAACCAAAGUGCCCCUCUACGAUGUCUCAAGAGAAACCUCUAGUCGUUGUCUUCGGUGCGACGGGGGAGACUGGUCGCAGCAUAGUCGACGGACUGUUGCGCAGCCAAGCCUUUCGCGUGACCGCGGUCGUCCGAAACCCAUCCAAGCCCAGUGCAGUCAAGCUUGUCGAGCGUGGCGUCACCAUUAUCCAAGGAGAUCUGCUGAACAUUACCACCGAGAGGCUACAGGAGAUCCUGGCUGGCGCUGAUACGGUCAUCGCAAGCGUGGACUUCUCAUGCAUCGAGGCGCAGAAGAAGAUUGUUGACGCUGCUAAGGCAGUGGGCGUCAAGCGCGUUGUGCCCGACGAUUUCGGUACGGACGCACCUGCAGACGUCAUGUUCUUGCACGACAAGAAACUCGCUAUACGCGACUACGUCAAGCAAUCUGGCGUCGGUCAUACCUUCAUCGAGGUGGGAUGGUGGGCGCAGAACACCGUGCCGUACCCACCAGAGAUACCGGGUCUUCACGCCGAAUUCUCGCACACCGUCUUCGGGUCUGGCGACGUGCCGUUUGCUGUGACCGACUUGCUUCACAUAGGCGACUACGUGGCGCGCGUCAUUCAGGACGAGCGCACCUUGAACCAGACCGUCUUCAUCUGGGAGGAUGAGAUCACGUUGAACAAGGUGUGGGAGGUCGCGGGGGCGAAGCUGGGCGAUGCUAUCCUGCAGAAGAAGAAAGUGAUGUCUGAAGCAGAGAUCCUGAAGAAGUUGGAAGAUGCGCGCGCGGCUGGGAUGGACCAGAUGCUAUACCUGCUCAUGUCCGAGUACUGGAACAGCCUCUUCAUCAGAGGCGACAACACCGUUGAAAGAGCGAAGGCGGCAGGCGCGCUUGACUUCCAGAAACUUUACCCUGAUGCAAAGGUGUCUUGCUUCGAGGACAUCGCUGAACGAUUCUACCAAGCCCCAUAUGUACCGUAUACAAGCGGUCACUGAUACAUAGAAUACCCCUCGAGACACAUCUGGACAUUACUAUUCUUUCAGAGAUAUGCGUGA